UGGUGUUUGUUUACAAAUCGACCACUUCCGCCCUAAUUCCGCAUUGUCUGCCGUCACCAACUGGCUGCAAAAAUGACACUUCAGCACAUCAAAGAUGACACAGUGGUAAAUAAUAACUUAGUGUGUGAAUUAAUAUUUCUGGCAGUGGUAUUUUUCCUUUGAUGUUUCGUAGUCUUAAUGUGAAUGUAUGUAGCAUUAGCACGUUAGCAUCCAUCCACGUAAAAUACGAUGCCUCUCGCACCUGCUAACCAGUCUCAGCUAGUACGUGCUUGUCAGAAGGAUGAAUAUUAUCAAACUUUCCUCCGAAACAACACAAAUGAAGCCUUUCAGACGCUUGCAGGAUCAAAACGAUGGCUGGACUGGAGGAAAGAAGUUGAGCUGCUUUCAGACAUCGCCUAUUUUGGUUUAACAACACUCACAGGCUACCAAACCCUGGGUGAGGAGUACGUCAACAUCAUCCAAGUUGACCCCAGUCUAAGACGGGUCCCCACCCCAGCCCGACGAGGCGUCUUCGUUUUCUGUCAUUCAUUCCUGCCCUACCUCCUGGACAAGGUCUUGGUCUGUUUGGAGAACGAGCUAGAAGGUGGACAGGGGCCCGGCUGCGGGACCAGACGGCGGCAGGUAGCAUCUGGACGGUGGAGCCUGGAGCUUUGGCUGAGGAGAUGCGCGCAGAGUGCUGUGGGACUGCUGUCAGAGCCUCAGAGGAGAAAGUGUGCGCCGGCCGUGUUUGUCCUCCAGCAGACACUGAGCCUCCUGCACAGAUGCCACCUGGCCCUCUUUUACCUCAGUGGCCUUUUCUAUCACCUGUCCAAGAGGACUGCUGGAAUCCGCCACCUGCGUGUCUCAGGGUUGAGGGGCAAUGAUAGGACCAUCAGGAGCAGCUACAGGCUCCUGGGAGCCAUCUCCCUCAUCCAUCUGCUCCUGACGUUGUGCUUGCAGCUCAACAACUUCAGACAGAGACAAAGCGCCAGACAGGAGUGGAAGCUCUACAGACACCUGACUGACAAUCCACAGCAAACCCAGAAGUCAAAGUCCAAGGCCUCUCACUGCAUCCUCUGCCUGGAGGAACGCAAACACCCGACCUCUACCCCUUGCGGACAUCUUUUCUGCUGGGAGUGCAUCACAGAGUGGUGCGACACCAAGGCUGAGUGCCCGCUGUGCCGUGAGAAGUUCCAGCCUCACAAGCUAGUAUACUUGAGGAACUACAACUAGAGGUCUACGCACGACGCCAUGCUGGUGAACUGUCAUUUAUUCCAAUAUACCUGAAGACAUGACUAACAUGUUGUCUCUGCCAACCUAUUGUACCUAUCUACAGUAUGUCACUCUGCCAUAGGACAAUGAUGUGCUUUUUUAAAUUAAAAUAUGUUUGAUUGUAGUACUACUGAAACUAAUGUUGUCUAAAGAGCAGUUCAAGGGUCAUAUGUGGCCCACAGCACAAAUGUUAGCAUUCUGAUAUUAGCAUGCUAUUUUGUUUUUGUGAUGAUUUUGCAGGUAUACACCUCAGCGUUAAAUAUUGUGUUAGUAAUGAAUGAUACCUGUUAGCAUGCUAAUGUAAGUAUGCUAGUUUUUUGUUUUCUUAUAGCUAAUUUUGACAUGUUGUAGUACUUGAUGCAUGCUAAAGUUAACAGGCUAGCAUUUUAAACAAUUUUUUCAGGUCCUCAGAGUAAUAUAUUUUGGUACCUGACACAUGUCACAGUUAACAUUUUAGCAUGCCAGUUUUGUUUAGCUAAUUUAGCAGGUGUCAUAUAUUUUGGUAUUUAAGUUAUGCUAACUGUUAGCAUGUCACCUUAGUACUUUUUGCAAGCUCAUAUUUUGUGUUACUUUACACUGUCUGGCCAGCGUGCUAACUAGCUUUGGCUCUUUAGAAGCAUACACGAAAUUUCUACCGAAACUGCAUUUUCUAUUUCUGUGAAAAAAAAUGUAUACAUGGUACUGGUUUUGAAGGGGAAACUACCCAAAUUUCCCCGGCAUCCUUUGAUUCGUCAGUCUGUGGACCUCCAGUGGAACAAGUUUGGUUUAUAUGAAUUUAGUAUGAUAUCCAACAAAAGGUUGCUGUGCUAGCAAGUGUAUUAGGAAAAGGUAUUCAGUUACAAACGUGCCCGCAUCAUUGUACUAAUUCCGUCAUAAGCUUAACGAUGUUCAUUUCUCAAACAAGUUCUCUGUAUGUAUUUGUAUUGGCAGUCAUUUCCCCUGAAAAUAAAUUAGUUUUUACGCAAUGGGUAGAGAACUAAUCAUAUUGGGAAUGCCCCCCUUAUGUCGUCAGAAUCAAUAUGCUGCCCACUCUUGGUGCGACGGAACUGGAGACUAACUAGCCGCACUGAAAAAGAAGUACAUGUCGACUGGCACAAAACAGGAAGUGAAAGGUUUAAGGUUAAAUAUCCUGCGCUUAGUCAGCACAAACAUUUUUUUUUUAAAGGAACACCAGCUUCGGCGCUUAUAAAAAUAGAAUUCUGGCGUGUUCUUCCGAUACCAGCUGCAGAGUGUUUACAUGUACUGUAGUCCAAACACUAUUUGUGGGUAUAGUCUCUGCCAAAGCACUAAUAGUCAUCGUUCUGGCUAAUCUGUUUUUACUCCCGUUCUAGAGAAGUGAUGAUAUUUGCAGCAGAUGCUGGUAUCCCCAAACUCCAUUAGGGUCCUAAGUGCCAGAGAAAUGAUGAAUGUGUGCUGCUUGGUGUCCACACUCUCUAUUAGCUCAGCUGGUUGUGUAAUAUUAUCUGUUGCACAAUGACAACACUGCUAAUUUAGAAAUAUAACC